CUAUGGCUGUGGAAUUCUUGGAGUGAGAAGAACAGUUAGUGUGAGUCUUCUGCCUGGCUGGCAGUUGUACCCUACAGGAUAGAGGUGCAGAAAUGCCUCAUUUUACAGUGGUUCCAGUGGAGGACAAACAGAAAGUGGAAUAUGACAGCGUGGAAGGACUUAACUGGGUGGAUUACAGGGACACAGGACAAAGCUCACGGGAUCCAUAUGACUCUAUCAGUUCAGAUGGUCACACUAAUCACAAAGAAAACAGCCCCUUCCUCAACUGCUCUGAGACGAUUAAAGGCAAUGACUACUAUGAUAGAAACCUGGCCUUGUUUGAGGAAGAGCUGGACAUUCGACCCAAAGUAUCCUCCCUCCUUAGUCGUUUGGUCAACUACACCAAUCUGACUCAAGGUGCCAAGGAACAUGAAGAGGCAGAGAGUGCAGAAGGGACCCGUAAGAAAGUGUUUAAGUCCCCAAGCAUGGGCACCCUUAUGGGGGUGUACUUGCCCUGCCUGCAGAACAUCUUUGGGGUGAUUCUAUUUCUCCGUUUGACCUGGAUUGUGGGUACAGCUGGCGUCUUGCAGACUCUUCUGAUUGUCCUGAUCUGCUGCUGUUGUACGCUGCUAACAACCAUAUCAAUGAGCGCUAUUGCAACCAAUGGAGUAGUACCAGCUGGGGGCUCGUAUUUCAUGAUCUCUCGGUCACUGGGCCCAGAAUUCGGAGGAGCUGUUGGACUUUGCUUCUACCUGGGAACUACCUUUGCUGGAGCAAUGUAUAUCCUUGGAGCCAUUGAGAUUCUUCUAGUGUAUAUUGCUCCAGCAGCUGCCAUAUUCCACACACCCAACCCUCAUGAGGACUCCAGGGCAAUGCUGAACAACAUGCGAGUUUAUGGCACAAUCUUCCUCACCUUGAUGGCAGUUGUGGUGUUUGUGGGCGUGAAAUACGUGAACAAGUUUGCCUCACUUUUCCUGGCUUGUGUCGUCAUUUCUAUCCUAUCCAUCUAUGCUGGGGGCAUCAAAUCCAUCUUUGAGCCCCCUGCAUUUCCAAUCUGCUUCCUGGGUAACAGGACCCUCUCCCGAGACCAGUUUGAUGUUUGUGCCAAAACCAUGAUUGUGGAUAAUGUAACCGUGGCAACCGAGCUGUGGGAAAGAUUUUGUGGUUCUUCAAACCUCUCCAGCACCACAUGUGAUGAGUAUUUUAUCCACAACAAUGUCAGCGAGAUUAACGGAAUCCCAGGGGCUGCCAGUGGCAUCCUAAAAGACAACCUGUGGAGUACUUACUUACAGAAAGGAGAGAUCGUGGAAAAAUCUCACCUACCUUCAGUGGACGUGUUGGGUUCCAAAAGUAACCUUCACAUGUAUGUGCUGGCCGACAUUACUACCUCAUUCACUGUACUUGUGGGUAUCUUCUUCCCAUCUGUGACUGGAAUAAUGGCUGGAAGUAAUCGCUCAGGAGAUCUGAAGGACGCCCAGAAAUCCAUCCCAGUGGGGACCAUUCUGGCCAUAAUCACCACCUCUUUAGUCUAUUUCAGCACUGUGGUCCUGUUUGGAUCAUGUAUUGAGGGUGUGGUUCUACGGGACAAAUAUGGGGAAGCUGUUAACAAAAACCUAGUAGUGGGAACUCUAUCCUGGCCUUCUCCAUGGGUCAUUGUCAUUGGUUCAUUCUUCUCCACUUGUGGAGCCGGACUGCAGAGUCUGACUGGCGCUCCACGUCUAUUGCAAGCAAUUGCCAAGGACAAUAUUGUUCCGUUCCUGCGGGUGUUUGGACACUCCAAGGCGAAUGGUGAGCCAACCUGGGCUUUAUUGCUGACUGCACUAAUAGCUGAGCUAGGAAUUCUUAUUGCUUCCUUGGAUAUGGUGGCACCAAUCUUAUCAAUGUUUUUCCUUAUGUGUUACUUAUUUGUGAAUUUGGCGUGCGCUGUACAAACUCUGCUAAGAACUCCAAAUUGGAGGCCAAGAUUCAAAUACUACCACUGGGCACUGUCGUUCCUUGGGAUGAGUAUCUGUUUGGCUCUUAUGUUCAUCUCUUCAUGGUAUUAUGCUCUUGUGGCCAUGCUCAUUGCUGGAAUGAUUUACAAGUACAUAGAAUACCAAGGGGCAGAGAAGGAAUGGGGUGAUGGUAUUCGAGGACUGUCCCUCAGUGCCGCCAGAUAUUCUUUGCUCAGACUGGAAGAAGGGCCUCCUCAUACAAAGAACUGGAGGCCUCAGUUGCUGGUUCUCCUAAAGCUGGAUGAGGAUCUUCAUGUCAAAUAUCCCCGUUUGCUCACAUUCGCAUCUCAGCUGAAAGCGGGCAAAGGGUUAACAAUUAUUGGCACAGCCAUACAAGGAAACUUUUUAGAAAGUUACGGAGAGGUCCAAGCUGCAGAGCAGACCAUAAAAAAUAUGAUGGAGAUUGAAAAGGUUAAAGGCUUCUGUCAAGUUGUUGUUGCCAAUAAAGUCCGAGAUGGGAUCUGCCACCUAAUACAGUCAUGUGGACUUGGAGGGAUGAAACACAACACCGUGAUGUUAGGGUGGCCUUAUGGCUGGAGGCAGAGUGAAGACCCCCGUUCAUGGAAAACUUUCAUUGAAACUGUUCGAUGCACCACUGCAGCGCACCUGGCACUGAUGGUACCCAAAAACGUGUCCUUCUAUCCCAGCAACCAUGAGCGCUACUUAGAGGGCAACAUUGACGUGUGGUGGAUUGUACAUGAUGGCGGGAUGCUAAUGCUUUUGCCGUUCUUACUGAAGCAACACAAGGUCUGGAGAAAGUGCAAAAUGAGGAUUUUCACAGUGGCCCAAAUGGAUGACAACAGUAUACAGAUGAAGAAGGAUCUAGCAACAUUUCUUUACCAUCUUCGAAUAGAAGCAGAGGUUGAAGUGGUUGAGAUGCACAAUAGUGACAUCUCUGCAUACACUUAUGAACGUACCUUGAUGAUGGAGCAACGUUCACAAAUGCUCAGGCAGAUGCGACUUACGCAAACUGAAAGAGACCGUGAGGCUCAGCUUGUAAAGGACAGACACUCAAUCAUCCGUCUAGACAGUCUGUAUUCUGAUGAAGAGGAGGAGACCGAACUGGAACCAGAACCAAUUCACAUGACUUGGACUAAGGAUAAAUGCAAUGCUGAGAGGCGCGGCAAAAACAACGCAGUGGAGCACUUCAGGGAACUUGUCCACAUCAAACCGAACCAGUCGAAUGUCCGGAGAAUGCACACAGCUGUCAAACUAAAUGAGGUGAUUGUCACAAAGUCACAUGAUGCCAAACUGGUUCUUCUCAACAUGCCCGGACCCCCUAAAAACACAGAUGGUGAUGAAAAUUACAUGGAGUUCCUAGAGGUUUUGACUGAAGGCCUAGAGAGAGUCCUGCUAGUCCGUGGGGGUGGACGUGAAGUAAUCACAAUCUACUCAUGAUCCCACUUAUGACUGACACCUUUGUGCCUUUGAUUUAAUGUGUCUAGAAUCAACAUGCAGUAAAAAGAUUCUAGCCUGUCAAUUCCAAACCCAUUAUUUUGCUCUCCUGAAUCCACCCUUUCCUGCCAUAUUUUGUUUACUGCCUCUGCAAUGUGCAGGCUGGCUCUGCGGGGGGCAGGGAAUUUGUAUAUUAAGGCUGAAUAUACCACCAAACCUCUCAGCUAAUGACCAUUUUCAUCUUGUGGAAGACACAGAUCUAUUUGUACAGAUGAAAUACUUGUUUCUUAUCUCAUUCCUACCAUUACUGCAGAAAAUGGCUGAAAACCUUGUUUUUAUACAAACAUUUCCGACUCGUAGAAUAGAUUUUUUUUUUUUUUUAACCAAUUGUAUAGAUAGAUUUUUAUUGAGUUUAAAGUAGUAAUUGUAGAGCAACCUCACUGCAAGUCCUAUUUAUUUCUAGAUUAUUUAUUGUUUGGUCCAUACCAACUGGUUCUACGACAGGAAAUAAAGGAUUUUUUUUUCUUGGCCUCAGCACCCAGUACGCUUAUCUAUUUUGUACACAAAUGACCAAUUUCCUAGAAUGCAAGGGAGAGAAUGUCUAGAGCCUACAUGGUGUAGAGCUGGAAAGUGCCUUCUCUUGCUUUGUACUACUAAAACAAUUUGUAUUUUCUUAACCUAGACUUUGUAAGUCACAUCUCUAAUAUUUUCACUUAUAUGUGCAGUAUAUGUACAACGCCUGCAGUAUCAAUGGAAAGUAUGUGCCUGGAGUAGCUCAAGUCCUGAGAUAGAAAACAAUGUAGUCAUUUUGUUAUAUCCAAGGAAUACAGAUUUAAAUUUCAAAAUACCCUAAAAAUGUAACUUAAAUUUUACAGUACGCUGCCAAAAGCCUUUCUAACAGGAGGAUCUUUAAAUGUUGGUUAACCCUGGAUUCAGCAGUGGUGUCAUCUGGAAGACAGAAUAGCUAAAGUUGCUUUUUUAUAUUUUAUUAAGGUCCAAUAAUGUUUUUUUUUUUGUUGUUUUUUUUUUGGUUUAGAACCUUUAGGCAGUUACCCUGUCACUUCAUUUUCAUUUUACUAUUGCUUAUUUCUUUAAAAAUGCACCAUAUAUAAAAUAGCAAAAUUAUAUUACAACUGACUGUGCUCCUAAAAGUUGUUGCACUUAUUACAUGGGUAUAGUGCUGUAUAAGGGCCAAAAUAUAACUUUAGUCAUAGAUUACUACAAAUUGUGUUUUUAGAACAAAAAGGAAGGACAUUAUUUUUUUAGUGAAAAUUAUUUAAAUAAACAAAACUAAGGUUGUAAAUAAUAGUGAGUACUUGUGCAGUUUAUCCAAUAUAAUUAAUUAAAUUGCUGAAAGUAGUUCAUUGUUGGCAGUGCCUUGCCUCACCUAUGUGCUACAAUCAUUCAGUAGUUCUGCAACACACCAAAUAAUCUUUUAGUAGAAAACAGUUUAGUAGAUAUGGGCCAUGGUAGUUAAUGUAUUUUACAAAUGAGAUGGAGCAGUUAGAAUUUUUUUUUUUUUACAGCAUAACAUGGCAGAAAAGGAUAUUUAUUUAGUUUACAGUAAGUACAACAGGAUAGUUAAUGUGUUCUCUCUCUCCUCUAAUGACAACCAAAAGGCAGCCUGGAGUCCUAUUUUUGCAGGUUUCUUUGGCAUUGAAGGGGUUUAAAAUUAUGUUGUCAGUUUGUUUUUUGUGCUGAACAGUGUUCUCAUUUAUUGUGCGGAAUUUUUUUUAAUUAAUCCGGUAUUUCACAUUUAGCUAACAGUUUGUUUUUUUUAUAUGUAUAUAAAUCCAUUUAAAUGUUUCUUUUAAUGUUACUGGAUUUAGUUGUCAAUUAAUUUUAUUUUUUUUCUCAAUAAAACUUUACAAUGGAAUUAUCA